AUGUCAGAAAAGAAACGAUCAUUUAUGCGGUGGAUUAAACCAUCAAAACUGUUCAGAAGAAAGAAGUUGGGAAAAGAGAAACAUACUGAGGAGAGCGCAUGGAAACCGAGUUUGCCUCCAAAUCAGGUGACCGUCGAGGAGGAAUGUGAUAGUCAGGACGAUUUGGCUCCGGAAACUGAAGUCCCAAACCAUUCUCCAACCCUCCAUGUCUCCACGCUCCCCACGGAUGACUUUGAUCUGUUUGUAAAGCUUUCCAAUUCCCCCACUUGCUCAGUGCCCACAAACAUGAUGGAGGCGGAACGUAAAUGUUUUCCUUUGGAAGCGGACUUAGGUCGUAAACUGCACUUUCGACCGAGCAUCGACCAACAGACAGAUCUAUCGGGUCGAAAUAGUUUGGUCACGGAGGACCUGCGUCGCGUGAUGAGUGUGAUUGAACGCAAACCAUCCAUGCCGAAACCAACCAGUUUUAGGCGUGAUUUGGCUCGUGCCAGCUUCCGGUCCAAGUCUGUACGGGAACGUGGAACCGCGAAAAAGGUCAGGUACCCUCUAACUCUGCCUGAUUCAAAUGGAGUUACGGAUGAAAACUCCACGAUUAAAUCGUCUCGUCGGUUGACCGACCUUGAAGAACCAACUGACGCAAGUCACGCGAACUUGUCCAAUUUGUAUCGAGUGCGGAGUUUCAAGGUGACCCGAAAGGGAGUGAUUAAUCUGUUAACUGCCCACGGGGACUAUGUGGAAUUCGAGCUUGUUAGAGAAAAUGGAUUCACUGGUCUGAGCAAAGCACAUCCUAUUAGGGUGGGAAACAAGAUCCCGGAUUACAGCCGUUCACUGACCACUGAACACUUGAUUGUGGGACGCAGCUUACACUCCCCGAGUUUUCUGUCAACUGAUCAAUUUCGUUUACCCCGUGGCUCGUACACUCCAGAACAUCAAACCGGUGAGCACCCCGAUCCCAGUCGUAGGUCCACGCUACGAGGGUCAGAUGGAUUUGGUAUGGAAAAAGUGACCAUAACUGCUACGGCGGAACCGGAGACGGAACAACCGAUUCGGAUCCAAAUUGUCGGUUUUCCGAAUGUGGGUAAAACAGCUUUGUGCAGGCAGAUGAUCACAUCGGAAUUUCUCGGAGCUAGGAUGGAGUCCAUGUCUGAAGAUACCGUGGAGAGAUAUGUGACAGUGGAACUGGAUGAUCAAACCUGGAAUAUCGUUUUGAUUGACAAUUUUGGAGAGGCCGGUGCGGACGAAUUGGCCAUAGUUAACAACAUUCGACUACAAGAGAAAGGCAGCUCGGCCACGGAUUCCCCCUCGACGCAGAGUACUUUGCAUUUGCUACCCAAUUCCAAAAGCACAGGUAGCACACUGCUAAAAGACGUUAUGGUUUAUUUGCUGGUGUUCGCUGUGGACGACGCACGCUCGUACGAUUAUGCGUCAAAGGUUCUCCGAUUGCUGUCCAAAGCUAACGCGGAUCAGAUCAUUAUGCUUGUGGCGAACAAAGCCGAUUUGGUUCGGUGUCGAAUUGUGCCCUCGGAAAAAGGCAAACGAUUGGCUCAUUUACACGGAUGCAAAUACUUUGAGGUCUCCACGGCAAUCAACCACUUGGUUGACGAACUUUUGGUAGGCAUUAUCUUACAAAUCAAAAAGCUUCGACAAAAUCGACUCAGUCCAUCACACUUGGGAGUCCCAGAUACGACCGAACGACGCAUGUCCAGUCUACGUUUACACGGGGAGGCGUUUGUGCGCUAUUUGCGUGAAAAAUUUGACGCCAAAUCUUGUGAAGAUAUUCAAUGGGCUUAG